CGUGAUUGAGUCGCCUCCCCUUAUCUCCGUGGUGAUAACGUUCAAAAGAUUUAGAGCGACGAAAGGUUUAAUUGUUUUAAUCAAUGAAUACAAUUAGUCGAUAGUCAAUAAACAAAGGAACCAAUUUAAUUACAUAGAGUUUAUUUUUCUAGUAACCAGGAUUAAUACUGUUGGAUCAUAAAAUGAGUAGUACAGUCGGAGCACCCAUCGUCAAUCCCAAAACCGGACUGGCUUUCCUAAAGUCAACCAGCUUCCGGAUUGGUCAGGACAAUCAGCUGACAAACCAGCGCAUGCGCAGUAUUUUCAAAACCGACUAUCCCCCGUACGAACAAUAUGGCCGCACGGAAGGGGCGGAACCACCGCCGUUGUCCGAAGUAAUGCAUCGCGACCAGAGUUUCUUUAACGAAAGGGAGUCAGAAACGACGAAGUCUUUUGAAUACAGACAUGUGCCGAAACCCGAAAUACAAGGCGCGAGCGGAAAGUUGAGGUUAACUAAUUUUAAAAUGGACAGAGAUCUAAAUAAGUUUCACAGCUUUGAGACUGUCCAUAAUUCGUAUUUUACCCCUAAAAUGGGAGACACCUACCAGCGCGUUCUAGGGUCUGGAAAGCAGAAGAGUAAUAUACCCCAGGGGGACAGGGAGAAAGAGUUACAGCCCCUUACAGACUAUAGGGACCGGUAUAAGGGCCACGAUACAACAAUCCAUAAAACUAUACGGGCACCAUCCAUGCACGAAGGUGGUCCACCCACAAUCAAGGGGGAUGAGCGAUCCACUCACUUUAACACGACCCACAUGGACACGUUCCUGGGCCGCUAUCAGAAGCCGGUGGCAACCCUGCCUGCGCCGCCUAGCUAUAACGUUCCAACCGGGGAUCCAAUGAAAGUCAUUGAAAGGGAGACAACAAUGAACGCCUCAUACCAGAACUUGGCGGGUCAGACCGAGCGACCGCCGUACAAUGCAGAGGACGUGACUCGUGUGCUGAACCAGACAAACUUCAAGCAACAGGACGGUCACUACAAAUGGAACGACUACAGGAGCACCGCUACCGAUUCUUACCUGCCCUCCGUCAUUGCAGUUGAGCGUUUCAAGCCGGACAAGCACCGGAACCACAGCGACUUCCCGGAAGGAGAUCUUGACGGCGCGCGAGUCAGCGAGAGGGUCAACUUGACCACCAGCAGGUUCUACCAUGGCAACCCUCCGCGGGGUAUCCACAACCACAUCAUUUCCGGUGCGAACCUGCGCACGAAGAGCAACGUGUGGUUUGGUGAGCCGCCGUUAGGAGGCGCUUUCUACAACACGACCAACAGUCGGGCGUUUCCGGCAAAAUCUUUACCGUACUCAUACAAUCGGUCGAGUUUCCACAAGGAGAGCGACAUUCCGUUAAACUAUUAUGGCGGUGGCGAGCGGAACAACACGACGGCAUUUAGCGACUACCAGGACCCGCGCCAGGUUCGAACCGCGCCUAACCCAGUCGCCAUUGAUAACCUAAAGAAAUCACACAUCCUUCCUCCUAUUUCGAAUCUGCGGAACUUUAGUACCACCCACAACGACACGUUCUAUCCGAAGAAUGCCGAACGUUAUUCGUACGACGCCGGACGACUUCAGAAGAGUUCGGUUCCACUCGGAACACUGGCGGCCGUUGCCGAUUAAAUGCUUAAGCUUUAUUUAGAUAAUUGGUUGAUGUGUUGCAUCGGAAAGACUUACCAAUGAAGUAAUUAUGAACAAUUGUGUGUGGCGGGAGUAACAUGCAUAUUUUGUAAUAAAUCUAUUUAUUUUAA